AUAUUUCUAAAAUUCAAUUUAAAAUACGUCUUCAUUUACGUGUCAUUAGUUAGAAAUAAUUCGAAAACAUCAAGAAUUCUCGAAACCAUUCUACCAUGUCGUAUCGAUCUUUUGAGCAAUUAUCUCCUUCAGCAGGUUCGCAUCCUUCCCCGACAGCUAAUCACCCCGGGCAGAGGAAGAAGAAUGUAACGCAAGGACCGCUUUUCGCUGCUUCUCAAGUUCUUAGGAGGCAUCGCUAUCUGCUACCGCUAGGCGCAAUCAGUGCAUCCCUAGCUCUUGGAAUUUCCGCAUAUGCAAGAGGUGAACGUCUACUGAAGAUACCAUACCAGAUUCCAUUUGCAAGCAGAAGUUCAGUGCUCAAGGAUCCGGAAUUGAAGCGGAUAUUCUACUGCGGCAAUGCACAACAUAUGUACAAUUCUUUGGCAAUUAUGGCAUCACCAUUCACAUCUUCCAAACCUAUGCUGACUUCUUCGCUCUUGCUCAGUGGAAUCAUGAUUUUCUGCGGCACGCAAUAUUAUCGUACUUUCAAGAGGGAACCUGAGAAUGUUCGGCCACUGCUCCUGGUAGGCGGUUUCUGCAUUCUCACCGGUUGGCUCACCUUCCUCCUGUAAUUACAAUGAUAAUACAAACAAAUGUUUUAACGUCUUUAGUUUAGCGUGCUCGUCUUUAAAUCUUAUUCGUAUGCAUGGUCCAAGCCUCAGUAUUCCAUAUUGUAUGUGUACAGUAACCUUAUAAAAUCGCUCAUAAUAAAUUACCUAUAUAAAAUCAUGAA